GCAAUGUUUUCAUUAUUUUCUAAAUAAAUAAAGCAUAAAAAAUGGUGAUAUACGGUGUGUAUAUAGUAAGCAAAUCUGGUGGCCUCAUAUAUAAUUAUGACCACAACAUUCCAAAAGUAGAGACUGAAAAAACCUUCGGGUUUCCUCUGGACUUGAAGUUGCAGUAUGAAAAUAAGAAAGUUAUCGUCGCAUUUGGCCAGCGAGAUGGCAUAAACGUGGGUCACGUACUACUCUCAGUCAAUGGCUCCCCGGUCACAGGCCGCACCACUGAAGACGGUCGGGAUGUAUUCGAACUCAUAGAAGUUAAGGAAAACUACCCACUUAGUCUGAGAUUUGGGCGUGCACGUGCGACCACAAAUGAAAAGAUAGUGCUGGCCAGUAUGUUCUACCCAUUGUUUGCGCUCGCCAGCCAGUUGAGCCCAGUGCCAAAGUCUUCAGGAAUAGAAUCACUCACUGCAGACACCUUUAAACUUUCCUGCUUUCAAACUUUAACAGGUGUGAAAUUUAUAAUAGUAACUGAUCCAAACAUGCAAGGAAGUGAAGUAGUCCUGAAGCGCAUCUAUGAGAUUUACUCCGACUAUGCAUUGAAGAACCCAUUCUACUCUCUGGAGAUGCCGAUUCGCUGUGAACUGUUUGAUACAUCGCUGCACACUCUUCUGGAACUUGUUGAAAAGUCUGGAACUGCUAAUUUAUAGUUGUAGUUAUUUAUCUUUUUAUCUUUAAGUGCAAUAAAUUCUGUGUAACAUA